AUGUCUCUCCCGCCUGAACGAAUAUGUAUCAAACGUCGGAGGGAGGAUGAGCCUGUCGAAACACUAUAUAUUCAAUCAGAUAUCCAUCAGCCCAAAAGGCGAUUUACAGACUACGUGUUUCAACGAGUUGUUCUACAUGAUCCUAAAGCUGGCAAAGGGGAUACCUCAAGUGGUGAUUCUACGUCUGGGACUCCUGCAAAAGGCCUUGUCAAUGGCAAUCGUGCCGUAAGCGUCCACAGCACUAGAGCUUUAACGUCUGGGAAUGCAAUAAGCAGUUCCGGGAUUCCUAUCAUAUCAACUCCAUCAACGCGUGGCGAUGGAGUUAAAACUAAACAACAGCGGCCCAAGACCCCGGAUCGAGAGGAGCACGACGCCACUGACCAUGAGUCGGCUAGAAGCGACUCACCAUCGCUUGCUACUCUAUCCCAUGUUCCUAGAGUUAUAUCCCCUACUAAAAGGUCGUUAGCAGCGGCAACUGGUGGCCCAUCGGUGCGCCGUUUUCACCUCGAGGCACCGGUUAGUGCAGAUGAUCUGGAGGACACUUUAAAUGUACUUCAUAGGGUUGGCGGGGGAAUUCAAAAAAAAAGGUUGCGAAAAUCAUCCGGUUAUCGGCCUGUUAUUGUGGAGAAAGUUGCGAGCAAGAAGGCCCUCGGGAAAACGUCCGCGCUCUCGAAAGAAAGUGCCACAGAGCUACUUAAUGAAACAGGCGAAGCUACGUGUACGGGACGCCAAAACAACGCUGCAAAACGCCUUGCUGUGAAUGAAGAGCAAGAUGGCAGAGAAAAUAAAGAAUCAUAUGAGUUUUCAUCCCAAAUAAGCAAGGGAGGUAGGAAAGGAGAAUCAAUAUUUGAAGAUCCAAGCACAUGGGAUCAUGAAUCCGAUGAUCUUGCAAACGAACUAGCCCGGAUUGCCCUAGAAAUGACAAACGAUAUCGAGCCUUCUAAUAGGUCUGCUCAGGCGUCCGCAGCCGCUCAAAUACGCCCAACUCCGCAGAAACGACCCCUCAAAUAUAAACCGCGGCUGCCUAAGGCACCUCGUGCAGCAGCUCAUCAAGAUAUUAUCCAUGAUGAAAAUCCCGUACGACUUGAUAGCAGCUCAGCUGGGCCAGAUGCAGAUGCCAUGGAUCCGGUGCUCACUGGAGCUGAUACCAAUAAAGCCCAAGAUACACCAAUAUCUGAAGCUCAAGAACAACCUAUAGCGUCCGAGAUGGAUGAAGACUCUGAUUCCGGUUACGUUUUUGACGAAUUUGUGAGACGGCCUGUGCAUGAUGUUGUAGCUGACCCAAGCGUCGAGUAUUUCAGAGAUGGUAAAUGGAUCGAAGGGCACGAGGUCCCGAAGGAUGUUGGUGUUGUUGUCAUUACACAAGAUGAUUCGCACUUUUGGGAUACCAUUGCGGAAGAUGAGGAUGAAAAGGACUGGGAUACGGAGGAUGAGGAUUCAAACGCCGAGGAUAACCCUGCAACCGAGUAUCCUGACGAGGACCUCGAUUUUGACGACGAGUAUGAUGAUAAUAACGCAAUUUAUCGACGUUUCCGCGUAAAUGCAUCAGAUGAUGAGGAGUAUGAUGCUGUAGAGUACGACCAAUAUGGGUAUCGUGCUUAUAAUAGCAAUAUGCCUGAUGAUAGCGAGUCUGAUGAUUAA